GAGGGGAGCCGAGGCGGCCGGCAGCGAAGGAAGGAAGGAAGGAGGCCGGCCUGAGGGGAGGGGCAGCCAGGCCAGCAGCAGCAGCAGCAUGGCGGCUGGGCGCGAGCCGCCACCGCCGCCUCCUCCUCCCGCGCCUCCUUCUCCUCCUCAGGCGCCCGCCGCCAUCGGAGCGCCGGCGCUCGUCCUGCCGGCUUGACGGAGGGGCGAGAGGGAGAGACUGAGAGGGGAGGCCAUGGAGCUCGCCAAGCCGGUCUUCCCCGCGUUGCCGCAGCCCAAGGAGGACUCGGAGGACUGGACAUAUCCAAUGAGAAGAGAGAUGCAGGAAAUUUUACCUGGGUUGUUCUUAGGCCCAUAUUCUUCAGCUAUGAAAAGCAAGCUACCUAUACUUCAGAAACAUGGGAUUACCCAUGUAAUAUGCAUACGGCAAAAUAUCGAAGCAAACUUUAUUAAACCAAACUUCCAACAAUUAUUUAGGUAUUUAGUCUUGGAUAUUGCAGAUAAUCCCAUUGAAAAUAUAAUAAGAUUUUUCCCUAUGACUAAGGAGUUUAUUGAUGGCAGUUUACAAACCGGAGGAAAAGUUCUUGUCCAUGGGAACGCGGGGAUUUCCAGAAGCGCUGCCUUAGUUAUUGCAUACAUUAUGGAAACAUUUGGGGUGAAGUACAGGGAUGCGUUCACGUAUGUGCAAGAAAGAAGGUUCUGUAUUAAUCCCAAUGCUGGAUUUGUUCAUCAACUUCAGGAAUACGAAGCCAUCUAUCUCGCCAAGCUGACCAUCCAGAUGAUGUCACCGCGACAGCUGGAGCGAUCACUGUCUGUUACUACAGGAAGUUUGAAGCGGACCCACGAAGAGGAUGAAGAAGUCGGCAAUAUGCAAACAGCAGCACAGAACGGCUGACGCCGAGGGCCCCGUGGAAUUGCGGGCUGGGGAUUUCUAUUCACGGCAGCUGCUAAUUUCGGCAGGUUGGAUGGAUGAACAUUUAGGGGGGUGGGGAGAAGAGAUACACAAAGCCCAACUUCCUGAUGCAAACCUGCCCCUCCAGUAGCACACCAGGCAGGAUUUUAAGGUAUUGGACUCCUGGAAUGACUAGAUGGCACUGAUUGUUUUACUCCUUUUUUCUUUUUUUUUUUACACUUUAUAGUUUUACCCUAAACCAAGAACUUUUUUGGACUUGCAAAGAGGUAUUAUUGCAAUAAUGCACUUUUCAUACUUGAAAUUUCUUUAUUUGUAUUGAUAAACUUAUUACUUUAAACAAAAUGCGAGUUUGGGUGGGGGGGAUUUGUUUAUAAAGUUAUUUGUGUAAUUUAUAACAAGAGUCUUUAGUAAAAAACAAAAACCCAACAGCUUCUUAAAA